GUGCUCAAUGAAUGCACCUCUACUCUUCCGAGGACUGAUGUGCGAUAUACUUAUUUUUAUAUUUCUUGAAUAAUUCCACUGGAAUUGCAUCACACUGGUGAAAUGCAAUCCUCUUCAAGAUGAAGGAAAACAAACACAUCUGCAACUCAAAACAGCACUGGGCCACCUCCUGAGAACCGUUUCACGUCUCCUGAGCCGCUUAGCAUGAGGCUGAAAAGCGCUGUGCGAAGGAGGAUGCUUUGCCUCUGGCUGUUGCUCAUCGGAUUCGCCCUGGUUGCACUCGCGCUUUCCGAUUUCUUUAACCGGGACAGCGACUACAAUCUUCCCAAACCUGGCCCUCCCCGCCGCCCCCUUCAGCGGAUCCAAAGUCCUCCGGAUCUGGAAGUCAUCGUGGACGCCCAUGACCCUGCUUUAGAGCUUGGCGUCGAUUUGACUCCUCUAAAAUCUCUGCAAGAAGACCAGCUUUUAUUCGUCCCAUCCAUACAUGGCACCAAGAGCCCGCCACAGAAGAAGCGGAGUUACAAGAUGCUUCUUCCCGGAGCAAGUAAAGAUACCACCGUACACGGGCCACCUACGCACGAUGAAAUGGGGAAAGCAGUGCGGCUUCAACUGGAAGGUGUGGAGAGGGAUAUGGAGUUGAGGGCUUUGCAGCAGUAUGGGUUCAAUGAGGUGGUGAGCGAGAGGAUUUCUCUGCAUCGUAGGCUGCCAGAGGCGCGCCAUCCUGAGUGUGUGGGGGAGCAAUACAGCGAGUCUCUGCCGUCGGCCAGUGUUGUUAUCUGUUUCUAUGACGAGGCUUGGUCUGCUCUCCUACGCACUGUACACAGUGUCCUCGACACUGCACCUAAACAGUAUCUGCAGGAGGUCCUGCUGGUGGACGACCUAAGUCAACAGGGCCACUUGAAGACUGUGCUGAGUGAGUAUGUGUCUCAUCUGGAUGGAGUGCGUUUGAUUCGCAGCACCAAACGCCUUGGGGUUGGAGGUUGCCGGACAUUAGGUGCUGCCAGGGCUGUUGGGGAGGUGCUGGUGUUCAUGGACUCACACUGUGAAUGCCAGAAGGGCUGGCUGGAACCACUGCUUGAGAGAAUUGCCCAGGACAGGACUAGAGUGGUGUCCCCCAUCAUGGAUGUGAUAGAUUGGCAGACCUUUCAGUACAAUGCCACCCAGUGGCCAGUUAGGGGGGUGUUCGACUGGAGACUUGACUUCUUUUGGGAAUCAAAUCCACAGCUGCAACAUAAAGACCCAGAGACGGCUGUCCAACCUUUGCAGAGUCCCGCUUUAGGAGGUGGAGUUGUGGCCAUCGACCGACAUUUCUUCCAGAGUGUGGGAGCCUAUGACCCUGGGAUGCUGCUGUGGGGUGCAGAACAAAUUGAGUUGUCAAUCAGGGUGUGGUCAUGCGGGGGCUCUAUGGAGGUGGUGCCUUGCUCCCGUGUGGCCCACCUCAUUCGCCACCACCUGCCGUAUCGCUUCCCAGAUCAGGACUUGCUUCAGAAGAACAAGAUCCGGAUUGCUGACACCUGGAUGGACACAUACAAGAAAAUCUACUAUAGAAGGGACACACUUGCUCAUUUCAUCAGGCAGUCUGAAAGCCCGAACAUCACAGAGCGUCUGCGGCUGAAGAGGAGUCUGGGUUGUAGGAACUUCCACUGGUUCCUAACUACAGUCUAUCCACAGCUUUAUAUCCCUCAGGACAGAACUGCACUGUCAGGCGAGCUGUACAGUGUCGGUACUGGCAGAUGUGCAGACUAUCUGCAAGGUCAGGGACUACAGGGUGGGGCCAUGAGUACAGCACCAUGCACAGGGACAGGUAGCCAGCACUGGGAUCUAAACUCUGAGGGUGAAGUGCGAUGGGGUCCCAUGGGAGCUUUGUGUUUGGAUACCGAGGGGGAGAGGGCGGUCCUCUCUCCUUGCCCCAGUCACCGACCAACCCCCAGCAGACUGCAGUGGAAGUUUAUAAAGCUGAGCGGCCAGCUCGUUCACCAGUUGUCUCAGUUAUGUCUGGAAGCUGUAAAAGAAGGAGGUGACAACAAGCACAGGACAGGAGGUCUCUUCAUGCGCCAUUGCACCCACCACCCCAGGCAACAGUGGCACUUUGAGCAACUAGUAGCUCCCAAAGGUGCCUGAUAGAUGAAGCACAGAGAAGCCAGUGCAUUAGCAAGAUAUAAAUUCCAGGCAAAUCUCAAAGGCUUCUCAUUUCGUCUAUUCGUAGUGGCAUACAAUGUGCCCACAGUAAUGUAGAAAAAUAUACACAGUAUACUUUUCCUCUCUAUUUUGCCACUUUUUGCUCCUGUUUUAAGGAUCACAAUUAUUAUUAUCUGUAUUAGCUAAUAAAACAAUAAAUGAUCUGUCAGGAAUGUU